AUGGCUGAAUAUUCUGACAUAUCAGAAUCAAUAUCAGACGAAAAGAUGAAUGAUAGUGGUGGUGGUGGUUGCGUUGUUGUAACUCUAACUGAAGAAAUAAUAAAACUUCUUCACUUAGAGGACAACGAAAAUAAGGAUGAAAUUGUUAAUGAUUUAUUAGAAAAUGGUCGGGAAGCAUUACAAAAUCAUCAACGUGAUAUUACUCCAGAAGUGUAUGAAAGAGAAAUGAAUAAUCAAAAUAGUGAAUUAUUACAAUUAUUGAAAAAAUACGUUAAACAACAAUGGAAGACACAAUAUUGUUCGCUUCAUGAAUGGUUUCGUCUAUUUUUAGAAGAACAUGAAAAGGAAGAUACAUUUGUUCUAUAUGAAAGUAUAGUACUUCGUACAGCUGAACAUGGUAAUAAAUAUAUGAAACAGUGUCCUUUAUUAUCAAUUGUGAUACAAUUAUUAUUUGACUCAAUAGAUGAUGAUUGUUUAAAACAAAAUCCAUCAAUAUUUGAUGAUCUCUGGAUAACAAUAACAAAUAAUGGUUUGAAAUCAAUACAAAAAUAUUCCAGUUAUAUUAGCGAAGAGGUAAAAAAUCAACAAAUAACGAAAACAAAUAAAGCAUUAUUUAUGGGUUUAUGUGAAUAUUUCCGACAACCAUUAUUUAAUUUGUUAAAGGGCAGCAAGGUGAUAGAUAGAGACAAGCUAUAUAAUUUCACUUUGGAUAACGUUGCUGAACAUGGUUGGUUAGAUGGUGUUGAACAAAUAAGAAAAAAGGUAGCACCAGUACUUUUUGAAUUGUUAUUGCAUAACAUUAAUUUAUUCAGAGAAAAUCAACAAAAAGAAAAUAUCAUGUCAAAAGAAGCAACAUCAAAUGUAAACAAUUGUAGUUUAGUAUUCAAUGCACCAUUAUCAACAGUUACUACAGUAACAAUACUAGACCAAAUAUCUGAUAAUCAAAGUAUAUCAGGAUCAUCAAUUAAUUUCUCUCAACAACAAAAACUAUCAUCCUCUAUUGAUAACCUUCCAUCAACAAUGUUACAAAACUCAACAAUAUUAUCAGCAUCCACUUUAGCAACAGUGAAAGUAGAAUCACAAAUACCAUCGUCAUCGAUUAAUAAUGAAAUAGAAAUUAUUAAAACUUGCAUAAUUAAUCGCUUCCAGUUAGAAGAUUUAGUAAAAGCAGGUGAACUUAUGUAUAUUAAUAAAACAUUAAAAAAUAUAUCAGACAAAAUCCUUGAAGAUUAUUGUAAAUCUAAAGAUUAUUCAGCCUUUAUUAACGAUUGCUUAACACCAAUUAUGUAUUUAUUAAAACGUACACAAAAUUUAGAUGAUUUUAUUAAAACAUUAUUAAUUCAGUUUGAACGAAUGAAGCGAACAAAUCGACAAAUUACAAUCAGAACAGAAACAGAGACAACAAAUUUAAGUUUACGAAUGUUUCUGCAUGUUUUAUUUAUGAAUUCUGAUUUAUUUUUACGUCGAGUUAUUAUGUCAUUAAUUAGUAAACGUAAUCCAGUACCAUUUUUAGAGCCAAACGCAUUAAAUUGGUCUCAAAAUGAACCGUAUGAAUUUAUAUCGGAUAUUAUCCACGUAUGGAAUUAUUCGAGGCCAACAGUAUUAUCAUUUGGUAUCGGUCCAUGUCAAGGUAAAUCAUCGUUACUAAAUCAGUUAUUUCAAUCAACAUUUGAAGAAAAAAUUGAUAAUAGUUUAUAUUUUCAACAAACAAUUGAUAUAGAUUUUGGUUAUUGUUUUAAUCCCAAACGUUCAUUAAAUAUUGCUGAUACACAUGGUGAAUUACAUAAAUUGUUAGUACGUAAAUUAGUUUCAAUAUUUGAUGGAUUUCUAAUACAUAUUGACCAGAUUUAUUUAAGUGAACAUCUUCUACUAUUAGUGGAAUAUUUAGAAUUAUUACCAGAAGAAAAAUUUCAAAUGGUUUUAGUACGAGAUAUAUCAAACAAAAGUGAAGAACAAUGUUUAUUAACAAUUAAAUCAUUUAUAGAAACAAAAGCAUCUGAACAUAAUUUAUCAAAGCGACUACAUAUAUAUCCAUUAGAAAAUGUUUCUAAUAUAAAUGAUAGAAAAAUUAUUUUAAGUAUCGAAGAUUUACGAGAAGAAAUAUUAACAAAAAUGAAUAAUGAAAUAAAAAUAAUGACAGACAUUCAUAAAUCUCAAAUCACACUUGAAACAAGAAAAGAAAAAAUAGUUUUCGAUAUACAAAAAUUAUUCAAAAAAGAUUAUGUAUCAUAUUUGACGCAUAUGGAUGAUAUAAUACAACCAAUGAAGAACAAAUUAUUACAAAGAAAUAAACAUAAGCACGAUCAAAUUUUCCGUUGUAUAUUCGAUUUCAAAAACAAUGUAAAUUAA